GACAAGAGAAGGUGACCAAGAUGGUGAAACCGCAGUCGAUGUAGGUCAGUCGGAAGUUCUGGAGGUAAAUACAACGUGAACAGAAAUCGAAGGAUGUCUGCUGUCAGCAAGAGUGUGAUGGACUCUCCCCUGGUCUCCACGGUGAUGAUCGGAGCUGCAGGAGCGGCGACAGGGAUCGUUGUUGCUCGCAGCUUCCCCGGCACCUUCGCGACGUUACCGCCCCUCUGGAGUAUUUCCCCUCCCGGCAAUGGCGCUGUAUGUGGGUUUGUGGUGGGCUGUGUCGGCUGGAAUCUCCGGACAUGGUGCAGGUUCCUGUCCCUGAAGGUUCUCCUGGGGUACAGGGGAUGGAUGUACUCACCACGAAGUAGAAUCACCAAGGUGUGGCUUUACCUGAUUGAUAAGGUGAUGGGGAAAGGACCAUACUCACUGUUCGAGUUCCAGAGUGUGAUACCAUCACUGCCAGUGCCGGAUCUUGAGACAACCUGCACGAAGUACCUUGAUGUUGCCAGACCGUUGCUCUCACCAGAAGAGUAUGACAGGACUGAGGAAGCCCUGCGACUUCUGCAGAAGGAGGGAAAACCUCUACAGAAAUAUCUCAUCAGAAGGUCAUGGAGAAAGAAGAGCUGGUUAAUAGAAUGGUGGAUUGACAACAUAUACCUGAAGAGAAGAGAGCCUUUACCAGAGAACUCUAAUUACUACUUCCUUGAUGGAUUAGAACUGCCAGCAUCCUGUCAACUUUCAAGGGCAGCCACCAUCAUCUACAACAUGUUAAAAUUUAGAGAGUUGGUGUCCAGUGAAAAGCUCCAGGGUGUUUUCUUUCAAAAUAGAGUUCCAAUGUGCAUGGACGGCUACAGAUACCUGUUUGGAACUUGCCGUAUCCCUUGUGUGGAGAAAGACUGCUUAGUAACACAUCACCAUACGAAGCACAUUGUUGUUAUCAGGAAAGGGUGUUACUUCUCUAUGGAUGUCUACACCCAUGACGAUGGCAGCCUGCAACAGCUUUCACCAGCUGAGAUCAAGGAACAAUUCAGGAUCAUCUGUGAAACAGCUGAUGCUGAAGAUAGCGAUGGCUUGGCCAACAGUCUUGCCUCAAUCACAUCUCAACACAGAACAGUCUGGGCAAAGCAACGUCAAGUAAUGGUGGAGUCAGAAGUAAAUGCAGAGUCCUUGGAGGUCAUUGAGACAGCAAUUGUUGUCAUCUCUUUGGACACAGUUUCCCCUCAGGACCUUAGUGAACAAGCCAAACUGGUUAUGAUGGGGGAUGGGACCAACAGGUGGUAUGACAAGUCCAUGACAAUUGUGGUCUUUCCCAACGGUAAAGCUGGAGCUACGGUGGAGCAUUCAUUUAUGGAUGCAACUAUAUUCUCCCGAGCCUGGGAAUAUGUACUUUCCCACGAGCAGUACAGGAAUGGGGAGGUGCCUCCUGAACAGUGUGCCUGGUGGAGGAAGCUUGCCCCACCCAAACAACUGCAGUGGAACCUCAAUGGGUUUGCACCUGCAUUAGAAGGAGCAAAGACACAUAUACAAAAGACUAUCCAGGACAUUGACUUGGUAGUUGUAGGCUCCGACUAUGGCAAAGGCUGGAUAAAACAACAAAGAGUUAGCCCGGAUAGUUUCUUGCAGAUGGCUUUGCAGCUGGCCUAUUAUCGGCUGCAUGAGGAGACACCAAAGACGUAUGAAUCUGCAACUACCAGGAUGUUUGCCCUGGGAAGAACAGAAACCAUCCGGUCUGUGUCAGAUCACUCUGUCAAGUGGGUCAAAUCUAUGGACAGAGAUGAUGUCAGCCCAGAGGAGAAGGUGUCUCUACUGAAGAAGGCUAUCCAGUACCAGACUGACUACAAGGUUGCUGCUGUAAACGGGAGAGGUGUUGACAGACAUCUCCUUGGUCUCUAUCUAGCUGCACAGGACCUGGGCCAUCCACUGCCCCAGUUCUUCAACACAAAGGCCUGGACUAUGACAGACAAGCUGUCGACAUCACAGGCACCUGCCAAGUUCACACGGGAGUGGAAGCUCCAGACUUGCACUGUAGGAUAUGGAUUUGGGCCUUCACACAUGGAAGGUUACUCUGUGUCAUAUAUGGUUAUUGGGGAGGACCUAGUGAACUUCCACAUAUGCACCAGGAAACACUGCACAGCCACCAAAUCCGAAAAGAUGGGAGCAGCCAUCAAGCAAGCCAUGACUGAUAUGAAGGCAUUGAUGGAGGGAAAAUGACAGGCAGAAGAGCAAUAGCAAAUUGAUAGAUUAUCACAUGAUACUUAGAGAGUUUUCUUUGUAACUGUUUUUAUUGCUAAAUAUCCAUAUUGAUGUGGCAGUCUAGUUCAAUCUUUGUUUUUAGUACUGCAGGAGUCUCAAGAUCAAUUCUUAAUCAGUCGUACUUGUGGGUCCUAUGUUGGGUCUUGUACACUUAAGCUUACUUAAUGGGCCUCAAAAUGUUAAAUAUCUCUUUCCUUACACUGCCUACCAGUAUUUGAUAUAAUGAUGUUGGUUACCCAUUAGAA